ACAAAGAAGGAUUUUGAAGAUUUUACCAAUAUCAAGCCGCCUGACAACUUCCCUUCCAUUGGAAUGCCUUAUUCCGGGGAGCUGGUAAAGCGCAGGCAAGCAGGAUCCGCCAGCUGUGGUUCAACUGUCCCCCAAGACCCCGCUCACUGUGCAACUGCAAGAAAGCCGAACGCCUCGGAACGAGGCUUUGAUCUUUCUGUAUUAGAGCAAAGAGUGAAAUCUACCGUGGUUGCAGUAGUCCGUUGUCAAAAUAUCUGGGGUGAGUAAAUUCACCAAGACGCGUUGCAGUUUUGUAUACAGGUCAAAUUGAAAAUACAAUUAAUGUAUCGUGCAUGAAAGUCGUUUCUCGUCCUUCCCUCAAUCCAAGACAAAAGAUUGUGAUUUGCAAAGUUUUACCCUUUCGAAACUGGGAAAAAGCCCUUUCUCUAGAAACUUCAUCUGUGUCACGACUUCCCCUAAAACACAGUUACGCUGUUAAUAAUUACAAGUCCCUCAAGAAUCAGAAGUGUUUUAAUCAGAAGUAGUUAUUCAAUAAUGUUAUAUAUAAGAGUGCAAGCAAAGCAUGAAACAGCCAAUAUAAAAGCAGAAUCAUUUACAAAACUCUAACGGUACUAAUAAACAUUGCUGCUACAAGAUGAUGUCACUCCACGGAGUUACAAAAAAAACGAACUAAAUGCGUAGCUAUGAAUUUGAAAUAAAAUAUUUGCAAGUAUUCCAUGUUAAUGCUGAAAGAACUACGUUUUAAGACUGAUCAGGCAAAACGUUUACAGAGGCUGAAGAAAAGACAGACGAAAGACAUUAAUCUAACGGCUUUUGUGAGCAUUUUGAUUUAUCUUUCAUUUUAUCUACAUCAUUUUUUUAAAAUUAUAUUAUCUUUUAUCUCUGUGUGAUUAUUCGCAUAUUCGCUUAAGCGAAAAAAUUAAAAUAAAUACAUCAAUCUAUUUUCUUUUUUUUUCUUUCGAGAAGAGUAGGGCGUUAUAAGUUCAUGAAAGAGAGAAAACCUUCCUCAGGCGAUAGUAAAUAAAUAUUGGAAUAUUUUUUUAAUAAUUCCUCUUGCUCAAUUGAGUAUUUUCUUUAAAACAACUUCUUCAAUUCUGAGCUAUUUGUCAUUAUCUGUUGUUUUAAGCAGGACUAGAAAAAGAUGAAGAUUAUAAAACAAAGGUCCAGAUAAGCGGCUGCUAUAAAAUCCUCAGUGGUACCUCACCAUCUCAACCUUUUCUGAUUGAACACUGCUGUUUGAUGACACCCAGAAAUAAGUGGGAUAUGGAGGUCAAAUGUAGCCCCAUGUCGCAUGGGGCCCAAGAUGCUUUUAAUCAGAGAUACAACUGGGGAAGCCUAAUGGUGGUCUACCCUGAAGCUAAAGUGCAAUUAAAACACAAUGAUAUUGAAGUCACUCUACCAUCGCUGCAGGUGGACGUUGAGAUCGCUGCGUUCGGAAGACCAGGAAAAGAUGACAAGAAAAGAAUGCAAAUGGCGAUCUUUGCUAAACGACCAAAACAAGGAAGAGACUGGAAGAUUUGGGUUUAUCUUGUAGAUGAUACAAACCCAGCUUGUGAGGUAUAGGGUGCUAUUAUGAUUGCUUAUUUUUUUUUAUUGUUUGUUUUUUGCUUGUUUAAAAAGUUACCAUCAUCAUUUCUUUACCCUAUGAUCAUGAUUUUAUUGCCUUAGCGAGCCAGCCAGCCAUUGAUCAACCUCCCGCCCAACCCCCUCCCUCCCCGCUCUAAACAUAACCGUCUCUUNAAGCUAAAGUGCAAUUAAAACACAAUGAUAUUGAAGUCACUCUACCAUCGCUGCAGGUGGACGUUGAGAUCGCUGCGUUCGGAAGACCAGGAAAAGAUGACAAGAAAAGAAUGCAAAUGGCGAUCUUUGCUAAACGACCAAAACAAGGAAGAGACUGGAAGAUUUGGGUUUAUCUUGUAGAUGAUACAAACCCAGCUUGUGAGGUAUAGGGUGCUAUUAUGAUUGCUUAUUUUUUUUUAUUGUUUGUUUUUUGCUUGUUUAAAAAGUUACCAUCAUCAUUUCUUUACCCUAUGAUCAUGAUUUUAUUGCCUUAGCGAGCCAGCCAGCCAUUGAUCAACCUCCCGCCCAACCCCCUCCCUCCCCGCUCUAAACAUAACCGUCUCUUAAAGACGGUGAAAGCACUAGAGAGCUUUAUUACAACCAACCCUUUUAAUGCAAAAUGAUAAUGCCAAGAGCACAAUUUAUUAAUUUAAGUUGUUAACAUACAUUGAUAGGAAAACUGAUUUCUACAUGUUAUUUAAACAGAAAAUGUUUCAGGAUGAAGACGAAAGAGGAAACAGACUACUGACACCACUUGCUGGGAUAUUUGUGUCUAAAAGCAAUAAAGACAUCAAAAUUGAACUCAGUAAACUGGAGCCUGGAUGGAAAAUCAAAGGAAGCAAUGUAAAGGUACGAAUAGUGAAUUUAGUUGUUAACAGCCUGCCCCCUUUAAAGAUAUAGUAAUGAUCAAAAUACACGCGGCGUUUCUAUCCGCGGUAGGUUUGGCCAUGGAUUAGUUGGUAGGACUGUUAGAGUCUCUAGAGCGAGAGAACUAGAGCCUAAUUCGCAAGACAAUACCACUACUUAGGGUUUCUUUGUUGUUGCUGGUUUUGUUUGUUUUUCGAAAGAGGAUACUGCCCUUUCCAAGUCGAGGCUCUCGUGUAGUGUGGAUGUCCACAUACAAAAAAGCGAAAAACCCAGUGUUCCAAGUUACAUAUAGCUGUUUGUUGAGAUAUAGAUCAAUUCAACCAAAGCGAGAAUUUCAUCAGUGAAAAGAAUCGCUACCUCUCUACCGUCUAAACUUCCACAAGCCUCUACUACACUAUACAGGUCUGGGAUCUAAAGUAAUAAAAACUGGGCUUGGCUCUGACCACUACCUAUUCAUCAUGUUGCUUAUAUUUAAGUAAACAAUAAAUAAAGUAAUCAAGCUCAGUUAAUUUUCUGUUUCUGUUUUUGUUUUUGCUUUUGUUUGUUUUUGUUUUGUUUUUGCUUUUAAUGAUUUGCAAUCCAAUUCUCUUUUUAGACUAUCAAAUCAACACAUGCGUGGAAUUUGUCAGGAAACUCCGUAGAUUUCCCACGCUGCUAUUUCGAAAUAAGUCACGUGAAUAGUACCAAGAAUUCAUUCUUGUGUGAAAUAGAAGCUUCUCACGAAGGAGACAGCGGACACGCAGAAGUUGUGGCUUAUUUUGAUCGAGUGAGUAUUAACAGAAAAAAAUACCGUAUGGGUUGUGUUAUAUUAUUUAGUAAUACAUUAUUAAUCUUUCUUCUGUUGCUCUUCGCAGAAGAAAAAUAUUAAUUUAAGAUCAUAUUUUAGUCUCCUUAAUUGCUGGAUUUUUUCAUAUUUAUUUUGUAGGAAAGUGGUCAGAAAAUGAUCCAGCCCUCUAACAAUUCUCGCAAACUGAGUAAUACGUGGAACUUUGUUUCAAAAGGUAAGCUUCAAUUAGACUGUACAAAAAACAAAAACAAAUAAAUAACACGUAUGGUCACUUAAUUGAAGUACGAUGCAACUCAGAGACCAGUAACAAAACAUAGGUCUCUGCAAAAUAAAUAGCUCGUUUAACCAGUGUAUAAUGAAUUUUCAUAUUGUAUUUCUAGGCUUUAUGAUUUUCCUACUUUUUUCAAUAUUACCUCUCAAUUUUUCUUUAUUUCUUUCUUUAUUUUUUUCCCUCUCAGAGACUAACACCAGGUUUCCAUUGCAUGAAGUUUUCUCUCUGCUUAAUGCACUUUUUGCUGCGGACUUUAACAUCCCACAUGUUUCAGGUAAGGUUGCUUCAUAAAUUUCAGUAAAUGAACGACGCCCUAAACGUGAACAUAGGAAUCCCAUUAAAGGGCCAAGUAGUAAAGGAUACCAUUGUAUAAAUCAAAUGUGUGAACGAUACGUUUGCUGACAUUGUUUGCAUGUUUUUGGAAAGAUUAUGACAGUACUGUGAGUAAACCGUUCAAAAACUUAAAAAUCGUUGACAUGCGUAAAAUAAAUAAGUAUCAAAUCUAUAUAAAUGCAAAGACGCUUUCUUUCAAUUCCCGGCUUACAGGCUAGCACUAUAGUCUCACAAAUUUUGUUUUAAAUUUUAACAGGAUCAAAUUCAACUUAUCAGCAAUUUACAACAGAGAAGGAUUUUGAAGAUUUUACCAAUAUCGAGCCGCCUGACAACUUCCCUGCCAUCGAAAUGCCUUGUUCCGGGGCGCUGGUAAAGCGCGGGCAAGCAGGGUCCGCCAGAUGCGGUUCAACUGUCCCCCAAGACCCCUCUCACUGUGCAACUGCAAGAAAGCCGAACGCCUUGGAACGAGGC